AUGGAUUUCUCCAAUCUCAAAGAUCAGGUCAGCAAUAUGACCUUGUAUGACCUCAAGGCCGGUGUCCGCAAAGUCCAAAAUGCCGUUAUGAACUAUACCGAGAUGGAAUCCAAGGUUCGGGAAGCUACAAACAAUGAACCUUGGGGUGCCUCGACUACGUUGAUGCAGGAGAUUGCCAAUGGAACGCAUAGCUACCAAUUGCUCAAUGAGAUCAUGCCCCUGAUCUACAAACGGUUCACCGACAAGGCCGCGGAGGAAUGGCGACAGAUUUACAAGUCUCUCCAACUGCUGGAAUUCUUGAUCAAGAACGGUUCCGAGCGGGUUGUCGACGAUGCGCGAUCCCACAUGUCCUUGAUCCGCAUGUUGCGGCAAUUUCACUUUAUUGAUGCGAACGGAAAGGAUCAGGGUAUCAAUGUGCGCAACCGGUCCUCCGAGCUGGUGAAAUUGCUAGGCGACGUGGAUCAGAUUCGCACCGAGCGUAAGAAGGCCAAGAACAACCGCAACAAGUUCAGCGGGUUCGAAGGUGGCAUGGGUGCUGGAAUGAACAGCUCCAGCUCCGGCCGGUAUGGAGGCUUUGGCAGUGACAGCAUGGGGUACGGUGGAUACAGCGGAGGAGUCUACGGUGACGGUGGCGGCUUUGGCGGCGCAUCUGGGGGCGGCGAUUUCCAGGACACGGGACGACGCACGAACCGAUUCGAGGAGUACGACGAAUAUGACGAGGAGCCAGCUCCUGCUCCGGUAGCGGACCUCUUCGACUUUGGUGACGACGAGCCUGUCACCACAACCUCCACUGCUGCCGGCAAGCAGCCCGCAGGCAGUGGUAUCAACAUGCUAGACAACACAGCCGACGACGACGAAUUCGAUGACUUCCAGUCCGCAACCCCCGCCCCUCAGCCCCAAACGGCGUCAUCCAACUUCGCCAUCGCACCUCCGGCCUCCACCGCCAGUACCACUUCCAACACACAAUUCGUCGCACCAAAGCCAAUCUCGGCCUCGCAGGGUGCCGACAUCAACGGCCUGGUCGGCUUUACAUCGGCCACCCCAACUCCCUCCAACAGCGGCUUCACCUCUCCCACAUCCCAGCAGCCUAAGCCCUCAGGUUACCAAGCUGCCAUGCCCAACUACUUCACCUCAGUCUCCAACAACAAUCAGCAGCAGCAACAUGGCUCAUUCUCCCACACCUCCACUCCCUCCCUGUCCUCCGCGACCUCCCCCACGGCUACAGCCAACAAGCCCGCCACCCAAGCAGCUAAGAAGCCCUCCGGCGACGCCUUCGGCUCGCUCUGGUCCACCGCCAGCGCCAGCGCUGGUAUCCAAAAGUCCAACACCGGUACAAACAAGGGCCCCAACCUGGCCAGCAUGGCCAAGGAGAAGGCCAGCGCCGGUAUCUGGGGUGCCCCGGCUCCAUCCAGCUCUGUUUCUACGCCGAGCCAAAGACAGCCCCAGCAAAAGCAGCAGUCCAGCUCUGCCUUUGAUGAUCUACUCGGCUAA